AUGUCGCCGAGACAGUUAGACCAAACUGCCGUCAUGGUUUUCCGUGCUGUAUACGGAAGGUGAAAAAAGAAGGACUUAAUAAAGAUCGUACGUUUUUCUGCUGUCCAAAUUGAAAGGAUAACUCAUGCAGUUAUUUUGAAUGGACUCCGAGUGAAGAAGACAUUCCAAUCUGUCCAUGUUUCGAAGUGAACUUUAGCAUGCCACCUUCGUAUAAUUAUACCAUUAAACGGACAGGAGAGAGAUUUACGAGUCGUUGUGGGGACAGAAUGAAAGCUUUUAAAGAACAUUUGGAAAACAAAUCCAAAGACAAUUUAACAAACACUUUUGAAAAUAUGAAGUUGUAAUAUUAUUUAAGUAUUUUACCCGAAUUUUCUAACUUGCUUUUACAUGUUUUUAUGAUGUAAUGCUAAUUUUUUUCAAUAAAUAUCAUUGAUAAAUUCGAUGUUAUUCACUUUGUGUAGUCAUUUGCUAGUACUUGCGGUGGUGUUCAGUAUGGAUAUCUUUUACGACGAGUUGAAGCAAAAUAACGUAGAUAUUGACAAGGAGACUUUAUCCUAUCAUAUUAAUGUUAUCCUUAAUAAGAAUCAUGAACUAUACGAAGCAGCAAGAGUCCAAUCUUUAACAGUAAACCUUAGUCGGUUUUAUAAAGAAAUAAACGUAAAAUUUUUUGGACGAUUUAUUGCUUAUUCAGCAUUAGUAUACAGAGCUAGUGAUUCCUUUUCCGAUGAAAUAGCUAAAAUACGUAGGGAAAAGAGUUGUGACUGUAAAGUGGAUUACCCGAGUCAGAGAAGACAUGAAUGUCUCAUGUUAACACUUGAAGAAAGUUGGACAACGUACGGUUUGGACGCCAUAGAGCAAGUAAUCGAACGGGGGAAUACUCUGGAAGCUGUUUAA